CGGUUCGUAGUGCCAGGCAGCUGUAGAGCCUAAGUGCUAGACUUCCUAGACCCCAAAACACUAUUAAAAGUAACAAAAAGAAGAUUUGGGGAAGAGUUUCUCCCGCAUACACCUCUGAAGCAAGACAUCGGAUAUAGGUGUCAGUAUAAAGGGCACAGUAUAAAGGGUGAACAAAAAUUAAAUGCCGUGCUUGUGCCUCCCUAGUUCCUGCCUUUCCCUGGCAAUGCCCUUGAGUGCAGAGGGUGACUGCCCUGAUGUGAGCUGUGCUAUGUUUUGAUUGCUCUCUGGAGUUUUUAAUGCUGUGGACAUCAGUUUCCUGUGGCUGCUGCCUCAGUUCGCUCCAAUGCUGCAACAGCAGGAGCUGGACUGUGUGUCUUGCUCCUGUGCCAGGGGAAGUCCAUAGGGAGUUUGUCUGCCUUUUCGAUGAUGCAGAAAAGCAAGACAAGCACCACCCAUCAGUGCUGGAAUGCUAAACUGAUGUAUCAUUUUCAACCAGUUCUACUGAUACUUUUCUACAGGACUUUUUUAAGCUUACCACGCCAUUGCACUUCGACAUUUUAAAAAGACCAUCUUUGGACAGCAUUCAAAAAUGUAUCAAACCAGCACAAGAGAUUCCAUAAUGAGCAAAAACUGAUGCACAGAAGUUGCACCUGAGUGUGAGGAAGAACUUAUUUCCUGUGCAAGUGACUGUGUACUGGUUGCCUAGAGAGGUUGUGGAGUCUCUCUCACUGGAGAUAUUCCAGACCUGUCUAGGCACAAUCCUAUGCCAUGUGCUCUGGGAUGACCCUCCUUGAACAGGGAAGUUGGACCACAUGAUCCACUGUGCCCCAUUCUAACCUUGCUCAGAUGUGAUUCUGUGUGCACACACAUGUGUGUACUAACACAGCACAGGGCACCUGUGUGAUGGAACCAGGUAAUGCUUGCUGCAACUGUGAGUGUGGCCAUGGAGAUGGCCCAGGGCCACCAGAGGCUCCAGAGCUCCCCAAAACUGCUCCCCAAAACUCCCCAAAACUACCCAGCUGUCCCACUGCUCUCGGCGAAGUAGCCAUGGGGAAGUGGCUGAAGGCACAAGCAUGUGUGGGGCACACAAACAUUCUCAGCUGGCUUCUGGAGCCCAGCUUCGCUGGAACAGGGCUUGGGUGAGCUUGUUGGCUCUUCAUCCUGGGCAGGGGAGAUUAGAGAGCCCACUCUCCCCACGGUGGCUCCAGCAGCACAGAGAAGUGUGGACCCCCUUCCUCACCCACCUGCCCCCCCAUAUCACCUCACAGAAUCACAGGCUGGGUAGGUUGGAAAUGGCCACGAUGGGUCAUCUGGUCCGACUGCCCUGCUCAAGCAGGGUCAUCCCAGAGCACAUGGCACAGGGUUGUGUCUAGACAGGUCUGGAACAUCGCCAGUGGUGGAGGCAUCACAACCUCUCUGGACAACCUGUUCCAGUGCUCGGUCACCUGAACAAUAAAGAAAUUCUUCCUCACGCCCAGGUGGAAUUUCUGUGCAUCAGUUUCUGCCCGUUGCCUCUUGUCCCAUUGGCUUGGCACUCUUGGAAUUCCCUCUUUAGAUAUUUGUACACAUUGACGAGGGCCCCUCUCAGCCACCUCUUCUCGAGGCUUAACAGGCCCAGCUUCCUCAGCCUUUCCACCUAACGGAGAUCAGUCACUUCAUCAUUUUCGCUGCCCUCCGCUCCAGGAGCUCCAUAUCUCUCCUGUCAUGGACAGAACACUGCAGAUGUGGGCUCACUAGAGCCAAGCAGAAGGGCAGGAUCCUCUACGCCGCUCUGCUGGCAGCGCUCUUCCCGCUGCAUCCCAGGAUUCCGCCGCCGCCGGGGCUCCGCGCCGCGCGGCCCUGGAAGCGGAAACGCCACGGGGCGGCGGUUCCGGGGGCGCUGGCGCUGCCGUGAGUGCUGUGCGGGAGGAGACGGGACGAGAGGGGCUCCAUCGCCUCCGCCCCUUCCGCCGCCUGCUGCCUUCUGCUCGGCGGAGAGGAGGCCGCCAUGCACCCCGUUUUCCAGAGCAGCCGGCGCGACUUCACCUUCGGGCCGUGGAAGCUGAGCGCCGCCCGGACGCACAUCAUGAAGUCGGCGCAGGCCGAGAGGUUGGCUGAUGAAUUACACAUGCCUUCCCUGCCAGAGAUGAUGUUUGGAGACAAUGUCCUAAGAAUACAGCAUGACCAUGGCUUUGGAAUUGAGUUCAAUGCUACAGAUGCUUUAAAAUGUGUCAAUAAUUGUCAAGGUAUGAUCAAAGUCGCUUGUGCAGAGGAGUGGCAAGAGAGCAGGAGUGAGACUGAGCACAGUAAGGAAGUUGUCAAGCCAUAUGACUGGACUUACACAACGGAUUACAAAGGAACUUUGCUGGGAGAUACUGCAACAUUAAAGGUUGUUCCUACAACAGAACACAUAAAUACAGAGAAAUUGAAAGCCAGGGAACAAAUUAUGUUUUUUGAAGAAGUACUCCUAUUUGAAGACGAACUCCAUGAUCAUGGAGUAUCAAGUUUGAGUGUGAAAGUAAGAGUUAUGCCUUCCAGCUUUUUUGUGCUGCUGAGGUUCUUCUUGCGAGUGGAUGGGGUACUCAUUAGGAUGAAUGAUACAAGGCUUCAUCAUGAGGCUGACAAGACCUACAUGUUGCGAGAAUACACAUCCAGGGAAAGCAAAAUAUCAAGUUUAAAGAAUGUUCCACCUUCCCUGUUCACGGAACCUAACGAGAUCUCUCAGUAUCUACCCAUAAAGGAGACAAUCUGUGAAAAACUAGAAUUCCCAGAGAAGCUGGAACCUCAACCAGAAACAUCACUGGAAAGCACAUGUGCUAAGUCUAAAUAAACGUGACUUUAUAAGGACUUGAAGUAUACUGGAGAUGAUGUGAUCACAGUUGUUGACAUGGGGGGUGUUUCACUACUAGUGGAAUGAAGAAUUUGGCUAAUUUUUCUGUAGCCUUGAGAGAAAACAUUUCAAGCAGGUUUUGCUAAUGUUUUUUUUUUUCCUUUGGAUUUUUUUUUAACCUGUGUCUGGAGUUGAUGAUAGACUGGUGGUGAGUUACAGUUUUCAACAGCAUUGGAGAAAUGACUAUUGGGAGUCUGGGUUCUGUUGAGUUCACCAAGCAGGCAGGAGUAUUGUCUCGACCCCUCAUCUGCUAACAAUUCUAUGAAGAUUUUGUUAUUGCUGCUUCAGAUACUAAGAAACUACCAGAGUUGUAAAACUGGCAUGAUUUUAUUUUUAUUGAGAAAUAAUCCACAGUAAAAAAAAAAAAAAAAAAAAAAAAAAAAAUCCUCUGCAUUUAUUUUGAUCUGUCCCUCCUAAACUACCAAUUUUGCUUGGCUUCCCCUACUGAUAACUAACAAAGUUACUUCUUGUAAUUUCUGGUCCAGAGUCUCACUUAAGAAUAUUCAUUUCAUCUGAGGAUAGGUUUAGUGUAGGGAAAAAAAGUGUAUUUGUUUGACACUAUAUAAAGGUAAAAUUAUUUGUGAGGCAUUAACUCCAGAGCAGGGAGGGAGCUGGAGGUUAACAGAGAGACACUGGUAAGUCUCUUCACAAAUGCUGGUUUAAUCUGGUGUCAGCUGGAGUUCUCUGGGCAGUUCUGGAACUCUCACUUGGGGUCCCUGUGCUGCUCCAGUCAUGUAUGAUGCUAGAAAGGCAUUGCCGUGCACUGGCCUUCUCUUGAAUGUGCCCACAUGGCAUGAUUCUACUGCCCUGAUGGCCAAAUUGCAAAACUGCAGUGGAGCUUAAGACUGGGGAAGUCUGAUCCCUAAAGGAUGCUGGUAUUUGCAGUUUUAGAAAUGAGAUCCUGUAUGGCCUUAGAAGGAUGCUUACAUGUAUUCCAGAUACAUAAUUUUGGUUUAUUUUAAAAUUCUUCUAAGUUAUAAUAAUGAUAGAAGUGUGAUCACUUGUAUAGUCAUGGUUUCAACACUCUGUAGAUGAAAUUGAAUACUUGAAUUGCUUGUGGAAAUCCUGCAGUAUAUUACUGGUUUGGCCUAAGAAUGGGGCAGCUAAUCAGGCUUGUCUGGGUUUGCUGCUGACACUCGGUGCAGGAAGCAAGUAACUGCAGUGAAAAGCAGUUACAAGGUGCUUGCAGAACAUGGACACAUUCUGAUGUCUUGGGGUUUUUGUUUAAAAAUCUUCGUAUUCUACACUGCAUGGCUUACUAGAAGCAACCCACCACAAAACCUAGUAUUUAACCAUAUCUUUUGUGAAGUGGUUUUCAUGUAGAGAAGACCCUGAGGUUUUUUGGCGGGGGAGGAAAGUGUACUGCCAUCUAAGGGACUGUUUCCUUAGUAAAAACAAGUAACACACUAAUUUCACUUUUGAGGCAGCCUGGUCUAGUGAAUUCUACAGCAGGUGGAAAGGCAGGAACCAACUGCAAUUUUCCUGUGUCACUGAUUUACUCUAACCAUGGAGAAAACAUUUUCCUGUGCCUCCAUUCCUUGUAUGUAAAAAUGAGAGUUAAUAUAUGCCUACCUCACAGAGAGACUGUGAGGAUUAGUUUGUACAAAGUUAUUGAUAAGAAUAUUUUUUUUCUGAAUACACAUUCAGCCUUAUCUUUGUAAUCCUUUGGAAAGGAUUACUGAAAAAAAAAAAAAAAAAAAAAAAAAAAAAAAGAUCCAUAGGAGAGAACUGAAACAGUUCCUGAAAGAAGUUGUCAGCUGUGAUAACUAUCAGAUAAUUAUCAGACAUGAUCUGGGUGAAUCAAUUUAUGGCCACUUUGAAAUAGAAACAAGAUCCUCUAUGUUCCCCAUUACAGUCCUAAAUUCUGUUGGCUUUUUUUCAUCUUCCUGCCCUUGUUUCCUAAACAUUUUAGUGUCAGGAUGAAGAAGGGGACUGCAAAUGAAUGCAGCAUUGAAGAGAUUAAAAAUCCGUUUAGUAAUAGAAGAUUAUUUGGGUCCACUCCAGUGAUAGAGGGAAGUGAGGAAAGAGUGAAAAGGAAGGGAAGAACAAAUGGGGGGGGUGAAUAGAUAUUUUUCUGGUAGAAGUAAAUCAUGGCACUUACUCUAAGCAUAUAUUAGUAUACAUGCCUUACAGCUUAUAAAAACAUACUUUACAGCUGGUAUGACUGGGAGCAGAGCUUAUGUAUUGCUGGCAUGAAAGAAACUAUAUCUGCAUUUGUUAAUUCAAACUGUUAUUUGAGCUUGGUCAGUGAUGCUAACAUUAAACUCCUUUGGUUUGAAAUAGAGUGUGGGGGGAAAGCCACAGAGUGGGGAGGGAGCAGUGGAAGGGGCACUCUGCAUGUUUAGCUUAUACUGUGUGUUUUCUCUUGUCCAUCAUACAACCUAAUUUGUGACCUGUUGGUAAAGUUUUAUGGAAUGGACUUGUAUCCUGACUCUAGAUACGUGCUCUCCAUCUAUUCUAAAGGGUGCUGUGCAUUUCAGUGGAACACACCUGUUGGAGAAAUCACAAGAACACCUUUAGCAAGUUACAGUUACAACAAGUUCAAACUUGGAGCACUUUGUGACUUUCUUACACCAUGCAGAUUACCAAGAAGCAGUGGUAUAAACUGGUGUACAGCAAGUGCUCUGACACAAAAUUUCCGCAGUAAUGUACCACUUUGAAUAAGUAACUUUAGUGGGGAAGGAGUGGGGUGAUUCUCCAGCUGUUUUGUGUUGAGUUUUAUGUGACAGUUUAUAUUGUUCCUUGUAUGUUGCUAAAUAAAAAGUACCAAACAUUUUACA